AUGGAUGUUGUUAGUGUGGCUAAAACUAGAGUGGGCAAGCGAAGCAAAAACUGCUCGAAGAACAUCCAAUUGAAGGUGCCUCAGCUGUCAUCAAACACAAAAAUCAAACCAGAUGUUAGCGGCAACACAACCUGCUCUACAUCUAUGGAUGUUAAUAGUGUGGCUAAAACUAGAGUGGGCAAGCGAAGCAAAAACAGCUCGAAGAACAUCCCAGUGAAGGCUUGGCAGUGGGCAACAAACGUAAAAAGCGAACCAGAAAUUAGCAGCUAUAGAACCUGGUCUCCAUAUGUGGAUGGCAUAGUAGGGAUACCCAAAUCUGUGGCUGAGAUAUUAGGUACUGAUGCAAUUAUCAAUUUUGUACUUUAUGGUCCGAGAAAUGCCCGUCGACUGCCGAUUUUCAAAAGAAUGUCCUUAGAACACGAGAUUGGCUAG